UCUAUACUGCCUCUAGUGUUAUCUCUUCAUUUUUACUUGGGAAGAAACAGAUGAAUAUUUACCCAAACUUCACACAUUAGUGACAGAAUUGGACUGACGCCUGUUUAGAAGUUCUUUACAGUGUAUAGUUACUAUCGGUUUCCAACAGGUUCUGUGAAGACACUGGAUUUGGGGGGAACCUCGUCUCGGUGAGGCCAUUCUUUGAUCUUCCAGGACUGAGCAGACAUGACGAUGAGGAACCACACCCCAGUCACCGAGUUCCUCCUGAUGGGCAUCCCGCACACAAGAGGGCUGGAAAACGUGCUCUUUGUCUUGUUUCUGGCCUUCUACCUGCUCACUCUGCUGGGGAAUCUGCUCAUUCUCCUGGCCAUCCUCUCUUCCUCUAACCUCCACACCCCCAUGUAUUUCUUCUUGGGAAACUUGUCAGUGUUCGACAUAUUUUUCCCUUCAGUGAGCUCCCCCAAAAUGACGCUCUGCCUCAUGGGGCAAAGCAGGGCCAUCUCUUACGGGGGCUGCGCCUCCCAGCUCUUCUUCUACCAUUUCCUGGGCUGCACCGAGUGUUUCCUCUACACCGUGAUGGCCUACGACCGCUUUGCGGCCAUCUGCCACCCUUUGCGACACACCGUCAUCACGAGCCGGCGGGCGUGCGCCAUCGCGACUCUGGGCGCCUGGAUGGGGAGCUGUCUGCACGCGUCCGUCCUCGCAUUCCUCGUCUUUAAGUUGCCCUACUGUGGCCCCAACGAGGUGGAUAAUUUUUCCUGUGACGUUCCAGUGGUGCUGGCCCUGGCCUGUGCCGACACCUCCCUCGCACAGACGCCCUACACUGGAAGCUCACUAUGUCACUGGGCUAUGUCCUGUGGAUAUAACAGUGAAUAGGACACACGUAAUCCCUACCCUUAUGCAGCUGUCCAUUGUCUGGAAGAGAAAUUCAUUGAAUAGGAUGAAAACUCUUGGAAGCAAAAA